CCAUCUGUGGCACUCUAGCGUGGCAGACAGAAUAUGACGGGCCGCCUGGGCCUAUGGGAGGGUCCAUGGGAUUUUUGUGCGUCGAGAUUCUCCAUGCUGGGCUUCCGGGGACAUGGAGUUCCUCCCUUAGUCAAGCAGUCCUCAGACAGCGUAUCCACUUCUCACGUGACAGCCACAAGGCGGUUAAACCACUUGCAACGUCAGCUCCAGGGUACCCCGAGCUUCUGCGUUUGUCCAAGGCCCGUUCUGGAUCAGCAGACAGGGACUGUACACCGUUGCCAUCACCUCCUUCCUCACGGUGAAGAGUACUGGGAUUCUUGCUGUUGCAUAUGGGAAUGCCGCAUCUACAGCUGGAACCGGCCAGACUGAUGAGCUCCUUCUGUGCUGUGGAGAAGACAUUGCGGUGCAGUUGUUCCUUUCAUGGGGUCCCCACACCCUCUGUGCAGUGGUGGAUGGACGGUGCUCCUGUGGACGUGAACAGUGGGCAUGGCCAGCUCCAGGUGACUUCUACCACACUUGGUUCCUGGGACAACAGCACCCUCAGCCUGCUCAAGGACCCAGAAAUGGGCACAGUCCUUCUUUGUGAGGGAAAGAACCAACAUGGAACCCACGGCUUGAGCAUCCUGCUGAUGUCAAGAAGGGGCCCUUUGGCUCCCCAGAUCUUCCUGAAAGCGCUGCUCCAGGGUGUUGUCUACGCAGCCACGACAAUCACACUACUUUUCCUCUGCCUCCUCCCCUUCAUAGUGAAACUUCUCAGGACCAAGCAGGCAGAGAAGUGUGCACAGACGAGAGCCCAUCAGGGCUCUGAGGCUGGAACAGACCAAGAAUCCAGCACGAAGCCCAUGGAGCCCAGGGAAUUCAGAACUGAGUCACCUUCUGGGACGCAGCUCUCAGAAAAGGAAGACAGAGCCUGAAGCCAACGAAGGCUGUGGAGACAGCACCCCAUCCAAAGUUCCCACUGUGCCCAGAAUUACAAAAACCCAUGGAGACUCCAGAAGCCCCAACUCCAUAAUAAACUUGAGGUCCUGAGAAUCUGUGCUCACAAAGCCCUCUCAGCCUCUACACAUCCCAUAUA